AUGCCAUCUCUCAAGGUCCUUAUCUGCGGUGGUGGUUGUGCCGGGCCUGCUCUGGCAUACUGGCUGGCAAACACUGGUCAUAACGUCACCAUCGUUGAGCGCUUUCCAGUCCUGAGAGCCACAGGUGCCCAAAUUGAUCUACGUGGCCAAGGCAUUGAAGUCGUGAAACGCAUGGGUCUCAACGACAUCAUCCGCAGCAAACUCGUCGACGAGGAAGGCACAGCAUUUGUCGACUUGAAUGAAAAUAUCGGAGCGACUGUACUGGCCAACAAGUCUGGCAAAGGGGCACAAACCUUGACUUCAGAGUAUGAAAUUAUGCGAGGUGAUUUGAUUCGCAUUUUCUACGACGCAACGCACCACAAUGUGAAAUAUAUCUUCGGCACCACGGUUGAGAACUUCGAACAAGAUGACCAGUCGGUCACCGUUCGUUUCUCGGACGGCUCGUCAGACACGUACGAUCUUCUAAUCGGAGCAGAUGGUCAAGGAUCGCGUAUUCGAAAGGCGAUCUUGUCGCCCAACUCCCAAGAGCCUUAUCGCAAACUCGGAAUGCAUAUGGCGUACUGGUUCAUCCCCCGCGAUGAGACAGACGACAAUUUGAGCAGGAGCUACCUCAGCCCCGGGGGUCGAAUGAUCAAGCGUCGAUCUCAUAACGAGACCGAAACGCAAGUUUACUUCUUUCUCAAGGAUGACUCCCCCGAGUUGCCAAGUAUACAUCGCGCUUCGGUCGAAACGCAAAAGGAGUUUUGGACUCGAAGGUUCCAUGGUGCAGGGUGGCAAACUAGUCGUUUUCUUGAGGGAAUGAAGACUACGGAGAAUUGGUAUUGCCAGGAGGUUGUUCAGGUCCAGACGGAUACUUGGUAUAAGGGUCGGGUAGCUCUGCUUGGAGAUGCAUCGAGUUGUCCCUCGCCAUUCAGCGGCAUGGGGACAACUGGAAGUUUGGUGGGUGCAUAUGUUCUCGCCGGUGAGAUCAAUCGACAUGCAGACGAUCUUCCUCGAGCUCUUGCAAACUAUGACGAAGUUUUCCGACCAUUUGUGGAUGAGGUCCAGAAUAUCAACGUUUCUCUCAUGAAGCUGGCUAUUCCGGAAACGCGAUGGGGGAUCACAAUUCUUCACUUUAUUGCUUGGCUGGUCUGCUUUCUCCGCAUCCCUGAACUUGCCUCGCGGUUCUCAAAGGAACGAGAUGGGGAUUGGAAGUUGCCGGAUUAUCCAGAGUUGAACCAGAAGGGGGAAGAGAACAGGAAUAUAAAGAAUUAG